AUGGAAGAACUCAUACCUGAUAUUAAUUUGUUAAUCAAAUCUAAAAUUGUAAAUAAUACUAAUGAAAUUACACGAUUACUCAAGAAAAUUGACCAAAAGUUUUGGCAGAACCUUGUUAAUCAAGAAAAUGUGAUUACUUUACAAAUGGCUGAUCGCUGCUUGUCCAUUUUUAAGAUAUUUAAGGCUGCUAACAAGAUAGCAAAUAAAGAUUUAGUAACGAUUCAGAAAUUUAUAGCAUUAAAAGAUUUUUUAUUAAAAAAAAUAUUGCGAUCUAAUAAUGAUCCAACAGAUUUUUUCUUUCAUGUUGAUGAUUUUUACAAGUCACUUAAAAAUAUUCAAUGUAAUCAAGGCAAGAGCAUCAUAUUUCAAGCCCAAGAGGCAACGAAUAAUUUUGAAAAGAUUAUUAUAAUUAAGGAUGGAUAA